AUGCAUUUCCAAGAUAUUGCAUUCGCUCUCUUUGUGACUGGAGCCUACGCUGCACCAACUGCUUUAAAAUCUAGAGAUGCAUGCUCAGAUAGCUGCAACACUGAGUACAACACCUGUCGAAGUGCUCCGGAUGCAAACCGAUCCACUUGUGCUUCCAAUUAUGCAUCAUGCCUUGGAUAUUCUCCAUAUGAUAGCAAUGGAUCAUUCGUCACCCCUACUGCUUGCUCGUCAGUAGCAAAAUCAUCUACAGGUUCAUCCGCCGCAUCAUCCGCUACAACUAAUGCUUGUGUAUCCCAAUGCAACGCAUCAUACAACUCUUGUCGAAGUGCUCCAGGCGCAAAUCAGUCCACUUGUGCUUCCAACUAUGCAGGAUGCCUCGGAUAUUCUCCGUUCGAUAGUAAUGGAUUACUCGUCACCCCUACUGCUUGCUCGUCAGUAGCAACAUCAUCUACAGGUUCAUCCGCCGCAUCAUCCGCUACAACUAAUGCUUGUGUAUCCCAAUGCAACGCAUCAUACAACUCUUGUCGAAGUGCUCCAGGCGCAAAUCAGUCCACUUGUGCUUCCAACUAUGCAGGAUGCCUCGGAUAUUCUCCGUUCGAUAGUAAUGGAUUACUCGUCACCCCUACUGCUUGCUCGUUAGUAGCAACAUCAACCAAUGUUGCAACCACAACCACUACUCAAGCUGCUCCAUCUACCACAGCUGACGCUUGCGUAUCCCAAUGCAAUGCAUCAUACAACUCUUGUCGAUCUGCUCCAGAUGCUAACAUGUCUACAUGUGCUUCUAACUAUGCAUCAUGCCUUGGAUUUUCUCCUUUUAACAACGGUGGAUCCCUUGUCACACCUACUGCUUGCUCGUCAGUACCAACAUCAACCACUGUUGCGACCACAACCACUACUCAAGCUGCUCCAUCUACCACAGCUGACGCUUGCGUAUCCCAAUGCAAUGCAUCAUACAACUCUUGUCGAUCUGCUCCAGAUGCUAACAUGUCUACAUGUGCAUCUGAAUAUGCCACAUGUCUUGGAUAUCUACCAUUUGACAACAGCGGAUCCCUCGUCACUCCUACCGCAUGUUCCAGCAGCGCCGUUUCUACAACAAGUGCACCAAGUUCCACACAAGCUCCUCAAGCUUCCGGAAACGAACGGACUAUCAAGCAAUUGAUCAGAUACUGUUCCGAAGAUGGAUCUGGAUGUGAUUAUAACUUUGCCAUCUCCUACAACGAUGAGCGACCUGAUGAGAGAUGUACCGUCAUUCGUAUGCCAGGAAGUGGUGCUACUACCGAGUCCUGGUAUGGAAUUCCAUGUACUACAGGAUCUGUCAACACUAUCUCUUGGGGAGUUUCUGAACAGUUUGGUGUUGAAAAUGCAUUUGCUGUUUUGACUGUCACCAACAACGAAGAGAAGACAAAUGCUUAUUUCGGUGUUGCGAAUGUGAACAGUAACCCGGUCACUCCUUCAAGUCCUGCUGGAUCCGGCAACUUUGGAGAUAUUGGUCCUGAACCAGUUUAUGGUUUCUAA